AUGUGGGUCUGGAGAGAAAAGGGCGGGGAGAGAGGAGGUGGGGACCCGGCGGGCUCCCGAAGGCAGCUUCAGGCCAGGGACCGGCCUGAGGAGUGGGUGGUGACAGAAGGGCGGAGACGGGGCGGGGCCCUCGGAGCGAGCGAAGCUUCCUCCCCCCGCUUCUCCAACCCGGGGCUUCAGAUCCUGCUGCAGGCGGCCCAGCAGCCCGCCGCCUUCUGGGGGCCGCUGGCGCAGGACACGCUGGUGUGGGACACCCCCUACCAUACCGUCUGGGACUGUGACUUACGCAGCGGCAAGAUCGGCUGGUUCCUGGGAGGCCAGCUAAACGUGUCUGUCAACUGCUUGGAUCAGCAUGUUCAGAAGUCCCCGGAGAGUGUUGCUUUGAUUUGGGAGCGAGACGAACCCGGAACUGAAGUGAAGAUCACCUACAGGGAACUCUUGGAGACCACAUGCCGCCUGGCCAACACGUUAAAGAGGCAUGGAGUGCGUCGAGGGGACCGUGUGGCCAUCUACAUGCCUGUGUCCCCACUGGCUGUGGCUGCAAUGCUUGCCUGUGCAAGGAUUGGAGCUGUCCACACAGUCAUUUUUGCUGGCUUCAGUGCAGAGUCCUUGGCUGGCAGGAUCAAUGACGCAAAGUGCAAGGUGGUGAUCACCUUCAACCAAGGACUGCGGGGAGGGCGCGUGGUGGAGCUGAAGAAAAUAGUGGAUGAAGCCGUGAAGCACUGCCCAACCAUCCAGCAUGUCCUGGUGGCUCACAGGACGGACAACAAGGUCCAAAUGGGGCCUCGGGAUGUCCCCCUUGAGCAGGAAAUGGCCAAGGAAGACCCUGUGUGUGCCCCAGAAAGCAUGGGCAGCGAGGACAUGCUCUUCCUGCUGUACACCUCCGGGAGCACUGGGAUGCCCAAGGGGCUCGUGCACACCCAGGCAGGCUACCUGCUGUUUGCUGCCCUGACGCACAAGCUUGUGUUUGACUACCAGCCAGGAGACGUCUUCGGCUGUGUGGCUGACAUUGGCUGGAUCACUGGACACAGCUAUGUGGUGUAUGGGCCCCUCUGCAAUGGAGCGACCAGUGUCCUUUUUGAGAGCACUCCAGUUUACCCUGAUCCUGGUCGGUAUUGGGAGACAGUGCAGAGGUUGAAGAUCAAUCAGUUCUAUGGUGCCCCGACGGCUGUCCGGCUCUUGCUAAAAUACGGCGACACCUGGGUGAAGAAGUAUGACCGCUCGUCCCUGCGGACUCUGGGGUCAGUGGGGGAACCAAUCAACCGUGAGGCCUGGGAGUGGCUCCACAAUGUGGUGGGGGACAGCAGAUGUACGCUGGUGGACACCUGGUGGCAGACAGAAACAGGUGGCAUCUGCAUUGCACCACGGCCCUCGGAGGAAGGCGCAGAAAUCCUCCCCGCCAUGGCGAUGAGGCCCUUCUUUGGCAUUGUCCCAACUCUCUUGGAUGAAAAGGGAAACGUUGUGGAGGGCAACGAUGUGUCUGGGGCUCUGUGCCUCUCACAGGCCUGGCCAGGAAUGGCCAGGACCAUCUACGGAGACCACCAGAGAUUCAUGGACGCCUACUUCAAGGCUUAUCCAGGCUACUACUUCACUGGAGAUGGAGCUUACCGAACCAAGGGAGGCUAUUACCUAAUCACGGGGCGGAUGGAUGACGUCAUCAACAUCAGUGGCCACAGGCUGGGGACGGCAGAGAUCGAGGACGCGCUGGCCAGCCACCCCGCAGUGCCCGAGACUGCUGUCAUUGGCUGUCCCCACGACAUCAAAGGGGAAGUUGCAUUUGCCUUCAUCGUGUUGAAAGAUGGUGCAGGUGACUCGGAUGUGGUGCUGAGCGAGCUCAGGUCCACAGUGGCCACCAAGAUCGCCAAGUACGCUGUGCCCGAUCAGAUUCUGAUAGUGAAACGUCUUCCAAAGACUCGGUCUGGAAAAGUCAUGCGAAGGCUCCUGAGGAAGGUAAUCACAGACAGAACUCAGGAUCUGGGGGACACCACCACCCUGGAAGACCCCAGCAUCAUCACAGAAAUCCUGAGUGCCUACCAGAAGCACAAAGAAAAGAGGGCUGCUGGUCAGUGAUGGGCUGUGACCAAGACCCAGUGCCCACGCCCUUAACUUAAGGCCUUCUAGAACACAGUUCUCAGUCGGCUUGUUUUCAGAUGUCCCGGAGUAAUCCCCUCCCAGCACAUAACCCACACUGUCCCUAAGGUGAAGUCCAUGCUAAACUCCCUUCCUGCUUUGUGUGGGAGAACCCACGCACGGAUACUAUCAGACGUGGUUAGUGUUUGUUCCACUUGUCCUGAGUUUGGUUUCCUUGAAUGAAAAGUCCCUGUUGUCUGUUUCUGUGCCCUCUCCAGACUACACAGGAGGGUGAAAAACCUGGUAAAGUGUGACUGCUCAGAUAACUGAGAAAUAGAAGCAGUUAUGUUUUUUCCUGAUGUUUCUAGAUAUAAAAGGCAGAUAUUUUAUUUUUGUACUUUCAUAUUUUGGAAUAACGUGCAAACACACGUGGAAGGUGUGGAUUUCCUUGUACGUACUCUUUGUGACAUUUAGUUACAAAAAUCUCCUUGUCUGCCUUUGCUCGUGGUGAAACGUGGAGAGGGUCGAGGGUGCACUUGUAAUUAUUGUUUGGCAUAUUUGGAAAUCUGAAUUGGAAGUGUUUGCACCUCAGUCUAAACAGAGCUCUCUCGAGAAUGCUCGAGACUGCUGCAUCCUUUUUCCUUUUUGAUAUAAAUUUCUAUUUCUCUUGGUUUGUGUAUAAUUGAAACCCAACUUGUAAAGUGGUGGCAUGAAUGUGCUCACCUUUUAGUUCUAAA